CACCCCUCCCCCUUGAAUUGGUAGAGACCAGAGUGUAGCCGUUUCUCUUUGUCGGUUUCCUGUUCAGUUUCUUUGAGAGCCUGACCAUGGCGGCUACUGAGAUAGCUCGGCAGGUGGGCGAAGGGUGCCGUACCAUCCCUCUUUCUGGACACGUGGGAUUUGACAGCCUGCCGGAUCAGCUGGUUAACAAAUCAAUUAACCAUGGCUUUUGUUUCAACAUCCUCUGUGUGGGCGAGACAGGACUUGGCAAAUCAACCCUCAUGGACACAUUGUUCAACACCAAGUUUGAAGGAGAACCGACUUCUCACUCCCAACCUGGUGUUCAGCUGAAGUCCAGUACAUACGAUCUUACGGAGAGUAAUGUACGGCUGAAAAUGACCAUUGUCAGCACGGCUGGCUUUGGGGAUCAGAUAAACAAAGAAGACAGUUAUAAGCCUAUCGUUGAGUUUAUUGAUUCCCAGUUUGAGGCAUACCUUCAGGAAGAGCUCAAGAUCAAAAGAGUCCUUCAUAACUACCACGACUCUCGAGUCCACGUCUGUCUCUAUUUCAUUGCUCCAACUGGCCAUUCGCUGAAAUCCCUGGACUUGGUCACAAUGAAAAAACUGGACAGUAAGGUAAAUAUCAUCCCAAUAAUUGCCAAGUCUGAUGCAAUUUCGAAGAGCGAGCUGACAAAAUUUAAGAUAAAAAUCACGAGCGAGCUGGUCAGUAACGGGGUACAGAUCUACCAAUUUCCCACAGAUGAUGAGACUGUUGCAGAGAUUAACGGGACAAUGAACGCACAUUUACCAUUUGCAGUUGUUGGGAGUACAGAGGAAGCCAAAAUAGGAAAUAAAAUGAUGAAAGUCCGGCAGUAUCCUUGGGGAACUGUUCAAGUGGAGAAUGAAUCCCAUUGUGAUUUCGUCAAACUUCGAGAGAUGCUCAUACGGGUGAACAUGGAGGAUCUACGGGAACAGACCCACGCGCGUCAUUAUGAGCUGUACCGAAGAUGCAAGCUGGAGGAAAUGGGCUUCAAAGAUACCGAUCCCGACAGCAAACCAUUCAGUUUGCAGGAAACCUAUGAAGCAAAAAGAAAUGAGUUUUUAGGAGAACUGCAGAAGAAAGAGGAGGAAAUGAGGCAAAUGUUUGUUCAAAGAGUGAAAGAAAAAGAGGCAGAGCUGAAAGAGGCAGAAAAAGAGCUCCAUGAAAAGUUUGAUCGACUGAAAAAAUUGCAUCAGGACGAGAAGAAAAAGUUAGAAGACAAGAAGAAAAGCUUGGAUGAUGAAGUCAAUGAGUUUAAAAAGAGGAAGACUGCAACAGAGCUACUUCAGUCCCAGGCACAGCAGGCAGGGGGAUCACAGACUUUAAAGAGAGAGAAAGAGAGAAAGAACUUCUUUUAAUCUGUCUCUGCAAUCGUAUAAGGGAGAAGACCACUCUUUAUAGAAGAAAUAGAGGUCCUGUUUUUGUCUCGAAAUGGGAAAGAAAUGAAAAGUUAUAUAAAACCCAAAAAACCUAACACCCUUUAACUAUCUCUGUCAAUAACUAUAAAGCUGUUCCUCUAUGACUUGCAUGGUAUUUGACAUUGAGAAGAAGUCUAACAUUAGAGGGUCGUAUAUCCUACAUGGAAAAGAAAAUGGGAACAAAAGCAUUACAUUACAUAUUAAUGUCCAUCAAUAACAAUGUAGCUACUCGUUUGCCUUGGCCAUUACUGAUAACGGCUUAAAUAUGUUGCUAUAACAAAUACCUACAGAGCAAUGCUCAGGUCUAUGAUACAAAAGCCAUUUCAAAAAACAUGUCUGGACUUCCUAGCGGCAGCUGUUGUGCUCAAUGUGUAAAGAUUGGACUGAAAGUUAUGGGCGUUAUCCAAUACACUUAUUUUUCUUCUGUUUUUUCAUAAUAGAAAAUAAGAAAAUCCUGCAUUGUGUAAUUGUUUACUCAAAUUCUUACAAUCCGCCAUCUGCGGUAUUUCCAUGUGGUUUGCAUGUUCCUUAGAACAGCUGACAAUGUCGACAUUUAACACAAUGAAUUAAAUAAAAGGCAUAAUUGGGUAAAGCUGCAUAACCCCUGGUUAAUCCUACAUAGAUUUUAGUGUUUAGAAAAUUAUGUAUUUUGAUACAGGAAUCAAACACAUAUAUUACGAGGAAAUAAGAAGGAAGUAGCCCACCUUCUGCACAUGCUCAGUAACCCUCAUGUUCAAAUUGGUCGGAAGAGCAUCACCCAGUUGCAUUUAGGCUUGCAAUGCAUCAGCAUUUUAAUAGCAUACAUGUGAUUGGCUGCUGCCACUUCCAUUAAGUUUUAUUCACAUUGGCUAGAAUGAGUGUUCCUAAUGAGCAUGUGCAAGAAGUGUACAUAUGAACGCUCUGUACUUUCAGUAAAGACAGCUGGGGAGGAGACAUAUUUAUUGUUUUCAACUCCAAUUGCUAAAGAACACAUGCACCAAUUUACUUGCAAUAAAA